UGGGGACAGCAUCGACGGUCCUUUCUGCAUCUGCGGCAGUCAGGGGACAUGUCAGGGGAGGUCGAUGACCCCGUAACCUCCCCCCUAGAGCGCGAAAGGCCGCCGUCGCCGUCAGAUUCCACGGGUGGGUCCAGCGGUGGAGAACGUCCUGAGACUGCGCCUGUGCCGCCGGCGCUGGAAUCCCGCCCAUUACCUCCGCACUCAGCGACCGUAGCGAGUUUGCCAGGAGAACCCCUGGGAAAUGACGAAAGAAGUGGCGGGAAUAGAACAGACAGCGGCGAGGUUUUGCUUUCCGACAGCGAACAAGGAGGCACAGGCGACGCGGUUAUCGUCCGAGCAGUCAGCCCUCGGCAGACGACACCGAGAUCCCGGCUGCAGGGCAUCCCGCUCGCCCCCCGGCCCCGACGUGUCUCCGCCGACACACGUCAGCUGUAUCCCCAGCAGCCGCAGCCAUUAUCGCCGCCAAGACAUCCUCCCACCACUCCUGCUCUCCCUGCUAGUCCGGGAUUGGUACCCACUCUCCCUCUUCCACAGUUAGCAUCACAGGCGAGCAGUCCUUCCUGGCGCCAAGAUGGUAAUGCCGUCGAACACGCUCCGCCUCCGUCGUUUCUGGACUCUGAGGGGACUACGACCGGAGGAGGUCUCGCUGAUCAGCAAUGGUUGACAAGCGCAGUGGCGCGAAGGGAGAGUCAGCACGCAACGGCCAGAGGCAGUUCUCCUUCAUCUCCUCCUUCUCCUCCCCCUCCUCCUCUUCCUACUGCCGAUGCUGCUGCCGCUCCUCAGCGAUCGCCAAGGGUGGUGGGACUAGAAACAAGCGGUCAGACUCAUGUAAACGAUCACCCGGAUUAUGAUGACGGCAGCAGUCUCGUAGUAGUCUCGGCGGGAAAAUUCGACAUAGAUGCCCUGUCAGCAGUGCCGACGACGGAGGACUUGUUGCGGACGUCGCCUGUGCUGCCUGCUGUUGCAAAGAGAUGCCGGCGUGUGAGCCGCUCCAUGGGGAAGGGUAUGGCUGGUGCAGAGAACAGAGAUCAGGCGGAGGAAGGGGGAGAUGAAGGGCCGCCAGUCUCCGAAGAACGACCAGAAAGAGGUGGGCGCAAUGCGGCCCCGCAGGCUCUCUACGCGGCAAGACAAAGCUUGUCCGCUCCUGUUACAGCUGUUGGCGGGCCUGCGCAGCCGGGGAUUCCUGCGCGGCAGAGCGUGACUGCACCUAGCGGGCCAUCUCUGCCACGUGGCCUGUCGUGGGGAAGUUUACCCAUUAUGGCCCCGCAGCAGGAGCAGCGCGCGAGAAUGCCUUCUCAAGCUCGGACUGACGACGUUCGCGUCAACAACGAUCGGCUCGACGGAGGUGGUGAUGCUACUGCUGCCAUCAAACAGACGAACAAUAACAGCAACAACGAUAACAGUAAUACCACUGGCAGUAGCGGUGGCGGAAGCGGAAUGCACGGCGGGAUACGAAGGCGGCGCAUGUCUGCGCUAGGAAGUCAGGGGGUUGUCGGCACAGGAUCGGAGAGUCCGGUGACCAGUUUUUCGUCUUAUUUCCGUGCGCGCGACCAUCGGAGGCCAGGUUCUUCGUCUUCUCCCGCGGCGUCAGACCCCUCAUCACCUCAGCAAUUUCGUCUGUCCACCAGCACGGAAGGAGGAGGAGCAAUGGUGGAGGAGGCGGUGGACAAGGAACUGCAAUCAAAUACAAAUGACAGCAAGAAGCCUAGAAUUGGGGGAAGGGGGGGUGUCUCGGACUGGACGCCAAACGAAGCCCAGAGCGCAGGUCCAUCAACGGCUCUGGUGAGCCCACUGCCAACUGAUCGGUUGGUGAGUCGAUCUGGUAGAUCAGCGUCCGUACCGGUGAUGGCGACUGCUACGUCCAAGUCUCAUCCAGGGUUGCUGGCAGGGGGUGUUUUCCAAACGAGGCAACGCCGGCCCCGACCGACAGCAUCUUCCGUCAUUUCCUUCGGGAAUCUCCCGCCCCCAACAAGCUUCAGCAGCAGAUCAUCGACAGACGGAAAACCACCUCCUCCUCCUCCUCUGGCUCCAACCAGCUCCGGGAGAAGAUUGUCCUCGACAUACGAAUCCACGCUUAAUAUCAUUGCGAAGACCACAGGCAACAAGAACCAGCCAGCCAAUCAGGAGCAGAUAAGUGUGCACGAUGUAAGGGUGUUGUGGAACUCGUCAUUGUUCAAGCGUGCUGGAGCUGGACUUUUAUUCGACAUCGAGCCGAUCGUUCUUCCAGGAGGGGUGAGCACAAAGGGCUACCUUUUAGGUGACAACGGGUACGAUCCGAAGACAUGGAUGGUUGUCCCUUACGGAGGAGUGGAGCAGCAAUUGGACGUUACCAUCUUCGAUGGGAAGCAGAAGACAACGAGGGGAGUGGUGGAGAGGGCAUUCGAGGGGCUGAAGGGAAUGUGGAGGCUAUUCCUUCGCCAUCACAAGAUGAAUAUGAAAAACAUGGCACAACAGUUUCAUGUUGUCAGCAUCCUCCAUAACUUGCUUAUUGAGGCGGGAAUCAACUUCAACGAGAGGGUUUUUCUGGAGCGGGACACCGACGGACCGGCGACGGUAACGAGCGGAUGAAAAGCUCAUGGCGAAAGGGGAGAGGAAGGAGGAGGGAGCGAAGCACAGUGCUUGAGAUCGUCGCUUUCCCACUCAGAAGUGGGAGGCGAGGUAGAAGAGACGGGAAUGAAAGUAGCGGCCGGCGCGAAUGGUGAGUGGGCAAAGUUUAAAGAGAAGAUGCAGAGACGUUUCAAGUUAGGUGACGACCUGCUCACCGAAGAAGACUUGGAAAUGUUGAGACGGGACGAGUUCUCAACGGUGGGGGCCUUUGCCACGACAUUUGAGAAAAUGGCAAAGAAAGUCCCUGGGUUGGCGGAAGAAGAACAGUGUGUCACUUUCCUGGGGCACUUCAAGAAUUGGGAAGCCUCGUCGCUAACCAAGAAGGCUGAGCCAGGAAAGAAACUGACUUGGGCCGCCAUAAAAGAGGGUGUGAAAGAGGGAGAAUUGGACCAGGUAGACAUCUUUCAGAUGAGGCAGGCCAGGAAGAAAAGGAAGGCUUUGGAUGCCACGACAAGUGACGGGAGAGAUUUUAAGAGAAUGGUAGAGGAUGCUGUUGYCCAACUCGAUGCGGAAAAAGAGGCGAAGGCAGCAAGAAAGGCUAUGGCGGCACCGCAGACUCAGGGAAAGGCGAAGAAGGCGGUGGUGCAAGAGGAGGAAGAAGAAGAAGAAGAAGAAGAAGAACCCAAACCUCUAAAGGAAUUCAAGACGGCGGACGUCGACAAAACCAAGGAUGGGGCCAAGGGCAAGGAAAUGGCGGCCGGGGAAAUGGAAGAGAAAAUGGGGGUGGCAAUUCCAGUGGAAGAGGAAAUGGGGGUGACAAUUCCAGUGGAAGAGAAAAUGGGGCUGACAAUUCCGGUGGAGGAAGAAAUGGGGAUUGGAAUGCGUCUGGAAAUCAGAAUAGCCAGGACGGCGGAGAUCCCUGGUGGGUCGAGAAAGGAGGCCUUGAGACGAGUCGAGGCCGGCGAGCCGCCCGCUCCUCUGGCCAUGUUUCGAAUCUGGCAAGAGGAGGAUGUCCGUCCUGAUGUAAGGGUUGAAGAGAUAGGAGAGAAUGAGGAAGUAAAGCAGGAAAGGAAAGCAGGUACGGUCAAGGAAGAACCUAUUGUGGUAGAAUCUGACGAGGAGAUAGAAAGGGGUUACUGGACUGAGGCCCGGAGAUUGAUGGAAAUAAUGGAGGAUCUAGUGGCAAAGAUGAGACGGUAUCAAGACAAAUUGACCAACAUGUGUGAAGAGGUCAAGGAGUGGAAAGAUAAAAAACCACUGGUAUAUCUCUACGAUAUGGGUCCAGGACCGCAAGGAGGAUCUGGGAGCCUACCAGGCGUAACGAUUUCGGGACCAACGCCUCAGUCCGGAAUGGCUUAUAGGCCACCAUCACGGUCAGGAGGAGCGCCACAGGCCGUCAGGACAAGGGCCAAGGGGCCGGUAAGGCCCAAUGAGCCGGCAAAGGACGUUCCUGAGCCUAGUGGGGAAAAAGAGACAGUAGACAUCCCACAGGAUGAGGAUGAGAGAGAUGAGAGGUUAAGGAGAGAAGAGGGUAAGAGGACCGAGCUAAGAGCAAAGAAGAGGGAUGUUAAGGCAGACGUGGAGAGAGUCCCGGAGGGGAAGAAAAUGAAGUAUGUUGUCCGGGUAGAAGAAGACUAUGAUGUAGAGGAAAUGAUGGAUAGAAUCCUUGAGGGUCAUAAUCAUCUUAUGAAUCUGAAGGAUGUGUUGGCUUCAGCUCCAAGGUUCCGGGACGAGCUUAAAACUCGAUUAUCCAGGAAGAUGGUAGCCAGCGUGCGAUUGAGGGCCAUAAUUCCCAAGGAAGCGGAAUGGGCAGAGACAGGCACGAAGAUGGAUUGAAAGUCCGUCGCAUGUGGAUGCUUGGACRUAGUAGUAAAAGGAAAAACGUGSACRRCAAUGGUGGAUACUGGGGCGGAAAUGAACCUCAUAAAAGAGG